AUGAAAAUUAUUCACAUUUUUCUUUUCUUUUUUUCUCUUACCUCAUUUUAUAUCCCCCAUGCUACUUCUAGCAAUGAUUUUUGUGUAGCAAACCUAUUACUCCCAACUACCCCUUCGGGGUAUCAAUGCAAACCCGAAGAUAAUGUAACAGUGAAUGAUUUUGUAUUCUCUGGCUUUGUAGCUGGAAGCACAGAAAAUCCUUUUAAGGUUGGAUUUACUUCUGCAUUUGUCACUGAAUUACCAGGUCUUAAUGGACUCGGUGUUUCUGCGGUAAGAGCAGACAUGGAAAUAAAUGGGACAGUCCCAAUGCACUCUCAUCCUGAUGCAACUGAAUUAGUUAUAAAUUUUGAAGGGGAAGUGACGGUUGGAUUUAUUUCACCAAAUAAAGUUUAUUUAAAGGUUCUUAAACCUGGUGAUGUUAUGGUUAUUCCAAAAGGAUUAUUGCAUUUUUUAGUUAACACUGGUGCUACAAAAGGUACUGGUUUUGCAGUUUUUAGUAGCGCAAAUCCUAGUGUGCAAAUGUUUGAUAAUUUGUUAUUUGGCAAUGAUUUAUCAAGUGCCAUAAUAUCACAAACUACUUUACUUGAUGUCUCACAAAUUAAGAAGCUUAAGGCUCAGUUUGGCGGUAGCGGUUAG